GCGUCGUAUAAGAGGGCCCGCGACGACACGAAUCGCGCUCGACUUGUCGAACGUCCCUUCACUGUAAAUAUUCCCUCAUUGUGCUCUACCUUGAUCGCUCGCGAUGAUUGUCAUGAAUGCUUUCGCCUUCUCUGCGCUUGGCGGUUUGGCCUGUCAUCUCAUCUUCAACCGCUUCGAGCCGCAAGAUCUAACCAGCGUUAUCACGCUCCUUCUGCUCGUCCCUACAGGCCUCAGCGCCCUCUUCCGCCCCCAUUCGUCGAUACUCAUCUCCGUACUCUUUGCAUUCACUACAUACCUCGGCACGCUCCUCUGCUCCAUCGUCCUUUAUCGUCUAUCGCCUUUCCACCCACUGGCCGAAUACCCAGGACCCAUCCUAUGCAAAAUCAGCAAGCUCUACAGCGCGUGGAUCUCUCUUGGUGGCAAACAGCACUUCCACUACCGUCGUCUGCAUGAGAAGUAUGGGGACGUCGUGCGCGUCGGUCCUAACGAGCUUGCGUUCUUUACCGCGGAUGCCGUCGAACCGUUGUUCGGUUCCGCGGGCUUACCCAAGGGAACAUUCUGGGAUGGGCGCGUCGGCCGCCGGGAGGAAAAUCGCACCCUCGUCGCCAUCCACAACAAAAAGGAGCACGCCACACGCCGCAAGAAGUGGCAGCGCGCGUUCACGCCGUCGGCGCUGAAGGUGUACGAGCCAAUUAUCAGGAAGCGGGUUACGGAAUUCGUGGAUACGCUGGCGGGCACGACAAGCGCACUAUCGUACACUGGCACAGCACAGCCUUUCAACUUGUGCGAGAAGAUCGCGUACUUCGCCUGGGACUUUAUGUUCGACCUUGCCUACGGAGGCGGCUCCGCAGCCAUGCAGAAGGGCGACGUCGAUGGCAUGCUGCACCUGCAAGAUGUGGUUCAGAAACCUCUCAUCUUCCGCUCCCACAUACCUUGGCUCGGUGAUAUCUGCGGGACGCUUGCCAGGUUCCUCCCCAGCCGCGUACAUGAGUUCCGGAUGUGGGCCAUAGGCGUCGCCGCAGCGCGCGUGCGCAAAGGCUCGCCGUAUGAAGACAUCUUCUACCAUCUUGCCGAUGAGGGCGGGGUGUCGAAGGAAAAGCCUGCUUUCCCGGAGAUUGUUGCCGAUGGCGUCCUCGCCGUCACCGCCGGUUCUGAUACGACCUCGACGGCGCUCUCAGUCAUUUUCUACUUCCUCAUGAGCCAUCCGACCGCAUACCGACGCCUGCAACGCGAGAUUGACGACCAAGGCGAUGAUUUGUAUGACUACAGACGCCAGGCGGGGAUGCCAUACCUUAAUGCGGUCAUAAACGAGGCGAUGCGCCUGAUCCCGCCCGUACCGGAAGGUAGCCACCGUAUGGUGCGCGACAAGACGCAGGCGAAGGUUGUUGCCGGGAGCUACGUCCCUCCCGGCACACAGACCUUCGUCCCGCAGUACACGGUCUUCCGCGACUGGCGCAACUUCUCGCCCCUCCCUGACUCCUUCGUACCCGAGCGCUGGCUCCCAGAAGAAGACCGCGUGCGGCUCGAGCCCGAGAUCUUCACGAAGUCCCUCGAGGCCUACAACCUCAACCGCGCCGCCUUCAUCCCCUUCUCCCACGGCCCCGCCAACUGCGUCGGCAAGCAGCUCGCCUACAUGGAGAUGCGCAUGUUGCUUUGCGCCACCCUGCGGCGCUUCGACCUGCGCUUUGCCGACGGGUGGGACCCCAAGGAGUGGGAGGACGGUCUGCAGGGUUUCUUCGUCAUGGUGAAGGGCAAGAUGCCGGUCGUGGUCAGCGAGCGGAGAGGUGGGGCGAUGAACUAGGGGCGCUACUGAAGACGAGAGGUGGACAAGAGAAGGCGGGCUGAAC